AUGUUCGCCAUCGCUCUCGCUCUCCUCGGUGCCAUCACCAUCAUCAACGUCACCUCUGUGAAGUCCACAAAGGCCUGCAACGACCCUGUCCACCAGCACGGUAACUGGACGCUGCAUGAUACCGCCUCUGGCCCAUCCUCCGUCAUCCUCGAGGACGCGUCCCCCGAUACCGCCUCGUCCCUCAUUCUCGACGACUUCCGGAUCGAAUGCCCAUCCGGCCACCACAUCGGCGCACUCGUCCCCGUCGAGGGCGAAAGCCCGAAGCAGUACGCCCUCCAGUUCGUGGAGGACGACGCGCAGCUGCCGGAGGGCGCUAUCUACUAUGUAAAAUGUCUGGGCCGUCAACCUGAUGCUCUGCGUACAUAGGCUCCACGAGCACCCGCUUUGCCAGGGCGAGUCAUGCCUAAGGGAACCCCGGCGGAGGACGAAGGUCAACGAGGUGUAUUGGGCCCAUCCAUCCCAGCCGAUCUGCGCCAUCGUCAGCCCCUGCGGUGGGUAGAACUGCCGGAGCUAGUCGAGGACAGAUGCCUCCAGCCACUUGAACGUGCGGAACCUCGGGGACUCCAAAGUCGAGAGAUGUUCGAGGCGGUCGAGGGCGAAUGCUGCGACUGCGCUCGAGUCGAGAAUUGCGCCUUUUUUUUUCUUGAGAGGUCUGUCGAGGCCAGUGAGGUCUUCCGGAUUGUCGUUGAC